AUGAAUACAUUUAUAACAAAUUUCAGAAAUAUACCACAGAUUUUACAAAAAACUAAAGAUUUAAUUUGUUCAUUAUCUUUAUUUAAUGAUAAAGAAAAUAUAUUUUUUUCUCAAAAAAUCCAACAUUUUAGUCAAUUAUCAGCAUUAAUUUGUAAUUUAUUUCAUUCAAUUUCAUAUAUUUGUUUAAAUUAUUUAAAUAAUGAAAAUCAUUCAAUUAUUUUAAAUAUAAUACAAAUAUUACCGAAUUUUAUUGAGGAAAUUUGGAAUUAUUUGGAGGAUGAUAAAUUGAUAAAUGUGAAGAAUAUUUAUGAAGAGUUUAUUUUUUUAUUUAAAUACCUAAUUUUAUUUUUUAGAUCAAUUUUAAUCUCUCGUUCAAAAUUACUUCAAUCUUCUUUAAAUGUUUUUUGUAUUUAUUACAAUUGUGAAUUUGUUAAUAAUAAAAGACGUUUACAAUUAAUUAUUGAAAAUAUUGAUAAAAAGGAAUUUAUUGUUCGUCUUGACAAUGAAAUUAAUUUGGAAAGAGAAUUUUCAAAAUUUAUUUCAAAUGGUGUUUGUACAGAAAAUCAAUUAGAAAUUUCGAUAAAAGCAAUUAAAAAUGCUUAUGAAGAAAAAAGAAAAUUAAUUAAAAAUUUACUUUUAAGGCAAAGAAUAUUAAAGUUUAUUGGAUUUCCAAAAGAAAAAUAUAUUUCUGAUCAAAUUCAAGAAUUAAGUGAAAUUAUGUCUGAUUUAUCUAAUCAACAAAUACAUCUUUGUCUUCGACAUUUUGGUUAUGAUAUUGAAAAAACAACAGAAGCUUUGUGUCAAAGAGAACAACUUCCAUUAAAUUUAAAAAUUUUAUUGAGAGUAAAAGAUAAUUUGGAGGAAGAUAAUUGCUGUCCAAAACAAGCUUUGGUUUCUGAUGAAAAUUUAGGAAAUAUUUCUGAUAUAAUUUAUUUUGACGAAAAUAAUUUCAAAAAAAUUCUCAAAGAAAUUGAAGAUUUAAAUGAAUUAAUUAAAUCAGAUGAAGCAACAAUUAAUAUUGAUGGAAAACUUUUUGCACCAAAAUCUUCACAAAAAGAUUUAUCAGAAGAUGAGCGUAUUGCAUUGGCAACAGCAAGUAUUAAAUUAGCUGAAAUGAUUGAAGAAAAAAAUUCUUAUUUUUGGUGAUGAUUAUGAUGAUGAAUAUAUUGAUACUUAUGAAAAUACUGAAGAAUCUAAAGGAGUUGAUAUUGGCACAUUGUGGGUAAAAACUUUCAAAAUUAAUAAUUUUUUGUUUAUUUUAAGUACAAUUGAUGAGGAUUUUGAAUCGUCUAGUACACAAAUUGGACGAAACAAUA